AUGUUUUUAAAGCAAGAUAAUCAAUAAUUGCAAUGUGUAAGUAUUUGUAAUAAUAAUUAAAUUGCAAACACGUCUAAUAAUUAAUGUGUUUAAAGUAGUAUUUGUACUUAAAAUUACAUUUCUCAAGCAACUUUGAGCAAUAACUAAGUAAUAUAAGACAUAAUAGCAUAUUCAUCAUAAGUCUACUUAGUAAAAUAUAAUGGAUUCCUUAAUAUUAUUGAUUCAUAAAGUGGAUAGUUUAUAGUGUCUAUAAAAACUAACAGCUAAGUGUUAUUAUGCGACUUUAUCUUUAAUAAGCUCAUAAUAGUAAGUUAAGAUAAUUCUGUUUCAUAAUUAAUAGUAGAAAAUUAGCUCUACUUAAAUCUAUAUAAUAUUACUUAAGGAAAUGUAUCAUCUUCCAGCAUAAUGACAAGUAUUUCUUAAGAUUUGAUAGUAAUUACUUCAAUUAGCUAAAAUAAACAAAAUAUAUUUUUGAAUAUUUUUAGGAGUAAUAAUAAAUCUUUUAUCUUCAUAAGCACAAUAUCUAUCUAAAUUUAUAAUCAGAAGUUUUAUAUUUUUGAUUCUUAUAUUAUGUUGCUAUCAUAAUAAAAUAAUUUAAAACUUUUAGAAAUUGUUGAAAACAAUUUAAAUACAGUUUCUUUAUAGACUAUUUCAAAUUUUAUGGAAUGCGGCUUCACAGCAGAUAUUCAUAUUUUAAGUGCUUUAAUGACUCCUGAUUAAAAUUCAAUUUAUAUAUUUAUUCAAAAAAGCCUAAAUUACUAUUCUUAUUCAAAACUUCUUCACUCUUGCUCAAAAAUAAACCUGACUAGUAAUUUAAUUAAACACUUAUAUCUAAAUUUAAUAAUUUGA